CACGAUGAGCAGCUUCCUAAAGACGAGCAGAGUGGAAGAAACAAGAUGCCGAUAGAGGUGACGGCGUUUAGUGUUGGAGCUGCACUUCUCUUGCUGAUGCUCACACUCACGCUCAUUUUCUACAAGUCUGCUGCCAGAGACAAUGGAAAAACACCAGCUGCCUCUCACAUUUGGCAGACCCUGCGUCGGAUUCUUCGACCUUCUUCUUCUUCACUUUGCUCCAUCCCAAGUCCUCCAAGCCACUUUCUAAUUGGCAACAUGAUGGAGUUGACCCACGACCAUCUGCCCAUUCACCUCACCCGUCUGGCAGAGCGUUACGGGGACAUCUACCAGCUUAAGUGCGGCAACACUCGCAUGGUGGUUCUAAAUAGCAGUAAGGUCAUAAGGGAAGCACUGGUCAAGAAAUGGUCCGACUUUGCAGGAAGGCCCAUUUCAUUCACAGGGGAUAUCGUCUCUGGUGGCGGGCGCUCCAUCUCUCUGGGGGACUACAAUGACGAGUGGAGGGCCCAUCGACGUCUGGUGCACGGCGCUUUGCUGCGAUGUUGCCAGCACUCUUUGCAUGAAGUGAUUGAGAAGCAGGCAGCACACCUCUGCAAGGUUCUGAUGGACUACCAAGGCAGUGCUGUUGAUCUGUCUGAGGACUUCACAGUGGCAGCCAGUAAUGUGAUCACCACUCUGACUUUUGGGAAAGAAUACGACAAAAGUUCUCCGGAGCUGCAAGAGUUACACAAGUGUCUGAAUGAGAUCGUCGCUCUGUGGGGAUCUGCUUGGAUAUCAGCCCUGGACUCAUUCCCUUUGCUUCGAAUAUUCCCCAACCCUGUUUUCUCUCGUCUCAUGAAAGAGGUGACCAAGCGAGAUGACAUCAUAAGAAAACACCUCAACCACUACAAGGCCCAAGAGCAGAAACCAGAAGACACCAUCACAGGCUACUUCCUGCAGGGCCUCGACAGCGAACAUGGCGAGCUCCUGACAGACACUCAUGUCCACAUGGCCACCGUGGACCUUCUCAUUGGGGGGACAGAGACCACGGCUGCCUGGCUCAACUGGACCAUCGCUUUCCUCUUGCACCGUCCAGAGGUCCAGACUCAGGUCUAUGAGGAGCUGUGCAGCGCACCAGAGGGUCACUACCCAAAAUACAGCGAGAGGCACAAUCUUCCCGUCCUGUGUGCCCUCAUCAACGAGGUGCUCCGACUCAGGCCUGUUGCUCCUCUGGCGGUACCUCACAGAACAAUCCGAGAUAGCAGCAUUGCAGGUUACUUUAUUCCCAAGAACACGAUGAUUAUUCCUAAUCUUUUCGGAGCUCACCACGAUCCUGCAGUUUGGAGAGAGCCUCACAGCUUCAAACCAGAGCGCUUUCUGGAGGGAGGAGGAUCUUCACCCAAAAACCUGAUCCCCUUCGGGACUGGCGCUCGUCUGUGCUUGGGCGAGGCAGUUGCCAAAACGGAGUUGUUUCUCCUCACGGCGUAUUUGCUCCGAGAUUUCUACUUUGUCCUUCCUGACGGAGAAACAUGUCUACCAGACGUGAGGGGCGUGGCUAGUGUGGUGCUCAAGAUCAAGCCUUACACAGUUAUUGCACGACCACGACAAUAAUCAUGUUUAAAAACAUGCAAUUACAUAUUCCGCACUUCUUUGUCCUAAAUGUGGAAUAUUUCAUACCCGCUUUUACAAACAAAAUAUACAACUUUAAUGCACACAUUUUUCUAAUUAAAUGGGAUUUUCAUCCUGAGAAUGAUUUUUUUCUGAUUUCUUUAUCAUGAGAAACAGUGACACCGCGUGGAGAGAGGACAACAUUACACAAUGAUUGGAAAUAUUUCUGUCUACAGUUCUAGUCGCUCAUAUGAAGGAAUUACAGGUCAUAAUUAGAAAGGGGAAAAGGUAAAAAUGUAAAGUCCUGGUGAAAAAAGCUUGUAAUAUGGGGGGAGAGGGGAGAAUCACAAUAUUUAGAGAAAAAAGUAGCAAAAUGUAGAACAAAUUACUUUUUUUAAUUGAUAAAACUACUAAAAAAAAGUUGCAAUAUGAAGACAAAUGUCAAAUU